ACAAUGGCAAUGGUGAGUGGAGACAGCGCCGCGUCGGCAAUUAGCGCUGCCAGUUCGCCGCCAUAUAAUACAUAUCCCACAGAUAACGCUUGUAAGACUAACAACAACAAAUUUGGUUCACCCACGCCUAUGGAUAUGGAGGAGCAGGAGAGACCGCUUUAUGCAUCGGCAGGCACGAUGGCAAAGCAGCGCGCGCCAGCAAUUGAAGGAGACGGUGGCGGCGGCGACAACGACGAAGAGGAGGAAGAUGAGGAAGAGCAGGGAGCACAGGCACCUGAAGAAUUUACGCUGAAACAGCAUGCAAAAGAAUUAACUGCUAAUUCAGCAACACCAAAGCCCAGUGGCUCAGAAGAGGUCAACAAUGCAGCUGCCACAUCCGAUACAGAUACCAUUGUGAAGACCACUUCUGCGCCCCUGACACCCACCGCUAGCAUAUUACCACAAAAUGCUGCCGCUUUUGGCGCCGCACCCGUCAAUCUGGAAGCCAUACAAAAUAUGCAAAUGGCUAUCGCGCAAUUUGCCGCCAAGACGAUUGCGAAUGGUGCGCAGGGCGGUGAUAAUGACGCGGCUAUGAAACAGUUGGCAUUCCUGCAGCAAGCGCUGUUCAAUCUACAACAACAACAACUUUUUCAAAUACAACUCAUACAGCAGCUGCAAUCGCAGUUGGCAAUGAAUCAGCCGAAGGGUGCAAGCGAAGGUGAGGUUGAGGGGGAGGGUGAGGGUGAAGAAAUGGAAGAGGAGCGUGAAGACGGCGAGGAGGAUACAUAUGAAGAAGAAGAACGUAUUGCGGAAAUGGAAUUGCGUCAGAGAGCGGAAGCGCGCAUGGCUGAAGCGAAGGCACGUCAGCAUCUCAUAAAUGCUGGGGUACCGUUGCGUGAUGAAACCCCCUCCGGUGCAAGCGCAACCACGUCUAGUGCGUCAGGAGCAGCUAGUGGCGCAUCUCCCUUGGAGUCGCUAAAACGCAAGCGUGAAGAUGAUAGUGAUGCCUUUGGCAGAGCCAGCGCCAGCAGACGUAUAAGCGUAGAGGUGACGCACGGCAGUGCUACACGACUCGGCGAGCAAAUGCCCGCAUCAUCGGAUCCGCUGAGUAAGCUGAAGGAGUUGGAGAAUAUGCCACUGCCGUACGGUUCCGAUCUCGCGUCCACCAUAAUUACCAAUCACGAUGAUCUACCCGAGCCCAAUUCAUUAGAGAUGCUGCAAAAGCGUGCGCAAGAGGUGCUGGACUCCGCCUCGCAGGGCAUACUCGCGAACAAUAUGGCCGAUGAGUUUGCAUUCAGAGACAAGAAUGGCGAUCGCAAUGAACCAUUCUUCAAGCAUCGUUGCCGCUACUGCGGCAAGGUGUUCGGUUCCGAUUCGGCGCUCCAAAUACACAUUCGUUCUCAUACCGGCGAACGCCCAUUUAAGUGCAACGUUUGUGGCAGCCGCUUCACCACCAAAGGCAAUUUGAAGGUACACUUUCAGCGGCAUGCGCAUAAGUUUCCGCAUGUGCCAAUGAAUGCUACACCUAUACCCGAGCACUUGGACAAAUUUCACCCACCUCUGUUGGAUCAAAUAUCGCCAGAUAGCUCGCCAUCUCAUACACCGGUCGAAUUGCCACAGCAAAUGCCACAACACAUGCCGCCUGUGUCACUGCCGUUACCCUUUCCACCAAGUACUGCUUUCCCCGGCUUGCCUGGCCUGUACCGGCCGCCAAUGGAGCUGCUUAAGUCUUUGGGUAACGCUGGCUUUCCUAACCCGUUUUUUCCGCAAAUGCCGCCCGUUGCGGGGUCACGCACAGAGACCCCUGCAACACAGACUGCGUCCAAGGGAAAUAAGCAAGAUACACCUACAGAUUUGCGCAAGUCCUCGGCGUCCAACUCACCCGAACUGCCUGUGAAGACUGAAAUUACGGAGAAAAAGAAAGACGAUCAAUCAACAGUGCAAAAGGCAACGUCGCGGUCAUCGGAACCAACAAAUGGUGAUACACCACCGGACGCACCGCCAGCGUUGGACAUAAAAAUCAAGGAGGAAAGUAUCGAUAUAGACUCGCACGACGAAGAGAUGGAUCGUGCGGACACCCCACCCGCUCAGUCAGCAUUAUCACCUGUACGCGCUACCUCAUCGCCAACACAAACGAGUGCUAGCGCGCCCUUCACGCCUCCAACUCCAACCUCAAAACCGUUGGCACUGACACCUGUGGGGCACCCGGCACAACCACCAAUUACAAUUCAUGCGCAUCCCUCACCAGGAAUGCAUAAUCACCUUGAUCAUCUGCCCACACCUGGCCAGCUGCCGCCGUCUUUCCACCAUCGGGACGACUUCUUUGCGGAACGUUUCCCAUUGAAUUUUACGAAAAAUCUCUCACCCGAACAUCAUUCACCCAUACGCUCGCCUGCCCACUUACAGCGCUCACCGUUCUUCAAUCCGAUCAAACACGAGAUGGCACUACUGCCACGCCCACAUAGCAAUGACAACUCUUGGGAGAAUUUCAUAGAGGUUUCAAACACUUCGGAAACAUUAAAGUUGAAGGAGCUAAUGAAGAACAAGAAACUUACCGAUCCGAAUCAGUGCGUCGUGUGCGAUCGUGUGCUGUCGUGUAAGAGCGCUUUGCAGAUGCAUUACCGCACCCACACAGGCGAACGACCUUUCAAGUGCCGAAUUUGUGGGCGCGCUUUCACUACCAAAGGUAAUUUGAAGACGCACAUGGCCGUGCACAAGAUUCGGCCACCCAUGCGCAACUUCCACCAAUGCCCCGUCUGCCACAAGAAGUACUCGAAUGCACUGGUAUUGCAGCAGCACAUUCGCCUGCACACAGGCGAGCCAACCGAUCUAACACCCGAACAAAUACAAGCAGCCGAAAUACGUGAUCCCCCGCCAUCAAUGAUGCCCGGCGCCUUCAUGAACCCCUUCGCAGCAGCAGCUUUCCACUUCGGUGCUAUGCCGGGAGCAGGCGCUGCUAUGGGUCAUCUAGGCCCGCACAAUGGCACUCUGGGUUCAGAGUCAUCGCAGGGUGAUCUGGAUGAGAACAUCGAUUGCGGCGAUGACUUCGACGAUGAUAUCUCCUCCGAACACAUGUCCAGUGGUCAUGACUUAGAUGUAAGCGAUCGGCCGAAAUCCAGCGAUGACUUCAAAGGUCUGCUUUUCGAGCAGAAGCUACGAAUCGACGCCAGCGGAGUCGUGAAUACCACACCACGGCCACACUCCUCCACCAGCAAUGCAAACUCAAUAAAUUCCGCCCCAACCAGCCCUAGUUCGGGAGCGCCGCGUCAAUGCUCCACGCGCACCAGCUCGCCGGCUCGCUCUAUGUCUGAAGCAUCGCAAGGCGCGUUGGAUCUGACGCCACGCGCCGUGCCUGUGCUCGCAAGCAACAGCAGCAGCAGCUCGCGUUCACCAGCGCCAACAGCCAGUGCAACUCAAGCAGGCGGACGCAAGUCACCUACACCACCACUGCGUAAUAGCAGUGCCAAUAGCAACACAACAAGAAGCCCAAAUCCUGUGCCCUCACAAAAAUCACAUUCACAGCUGAGUCCUGCUGCGGCGCUUACCUCACCUCUGGUGCCCACCUCGGCUGUCGAUUGCUUGCCACCAGUGCUGCAUCACCACUUACAGCAGCAACAUCAGCAACUAAUGCAGCAGCAAGCGGUAGUGGCGGCAGCGGCGCAUGCACAGGCUCAAGCGCAGCACCAUCACCAACAACUGCAGCAGCAUGCAGUCGCUUUUCAUGCGGAGCAGCUGCGGCGUGAGCACCAAAUAAAGCAGGAGCAGCAGCAGGCAGCACAUCAGCAACAUAUGCGACAACAACAACAUCAGCAAGAGUCACAUGCGUCGGCGCAAUCACCACAUCAGCUAGCGUUGCAGCCACCUCACCUGGCGCAUCACCUACAACAACAGCAACACCAACAAGCAGCAGCAGCAGCAGCGGCAGCGGCGGCCCAGCAACAACAGCAGGCGUCGGGUGCGCUACCACCACAGGGGCCACAACCACCGAACCCACUGGUGGCGGCGCGUCCGCCCUUCGGCAUGUUCCCCAAUUUGCCGCUCUUUCCGCCAGCCACUGCGCAAACGAUGUGCUCAGCUAUGAAUACGAUUGCGCAAUCGGUAAUGCCGGCGGCACCAUUCAAUCCACUUGCACUUUCCGGCGUGCGAGGGAGCACCACCUGCGGCAUCUGUUUCAAAACAUUCCCUUGUCAUUCAGCUUUAGAAAUUCACUAUCGCAGUCAUACCAAGGAGCGACCAUUCAAGUGUACGAUCUGUGAUCGUGGUUUUACUACAAAGGGGAACCUCAAGCAGCACAUGCUGACACACAAAAUACGGGACAUGGAACAGGAAACUUUCCGGAAUCGUGCAGUAAAGUAUAUGAGUGGCUGCAAAGAAGGCUACGAGUAGUGAGCCCAUUGCGUACGUUUAGAGAAGAAAACGGGCGGUAGCUGAAUUCAUGAAUACAAAAACAAACAAAAACACACACACACACAUGAUAACUAGAAAGAAACCUGCGAGUCCAAAAAUCCCAAAAUUAUGCUCUUAAGGUGCUACCAGGUGCGUCGCUAUCUAUACCCACUUCCCCUCCCACACCACAGUAUGUUGUUUGUAUUUCGCUGGUGUUGUGUGGUAUUCUUUUCGUGUAUUUAUUUGUGCAAAACUUCAAUGCAAAUAUGCAAAGAGACAAUGCAAGCAGUAACU